CUUCCGCCUUUUGCCCCCUCUCCACUCCCCAGCAUGUCUAUGCGUCAUCUCCCCCGCCAGCCAGAGCGGGAUGUCCGUAUCCACGACCCUUCUCAUGCCCACCCCCUCAUCACUCAUGGCCCCCACCUCAACGGUAAUGCCCCCGGUCCCGCUACGCCCGCCGCCGCCAGCAUCGUCUCCCCCACCGUCGCCCCCCCAAACGGCGUCCAGGCCCCUGCUUCCGUCAUGCAGAAGCUCGCAGCCGCCAACGAGCAGACCUGGCUCCUCAUUGGCAGCGUUGCAGAGCAGAUGGGCGAUCUCGAACAUGCCCUUUCCGCCUAUGAGAACGCCCUGCGGCACAAUCCGACGUCCCUGUCCGGACUGACUCAGGUCGCUGGCAUCGCCCGGAUCAAAGAGAACUAUCCCAAGGCUGUUGACUUUUUCCAACGUGUCCUCGGCUUGCAGGAGGAGAAUGGCGAGGUCUGGAGUGCCCUAGGCCAUUGUUAUCUCAUGCAGGACGACCUUCAGAAGGCCUAUUCAGCCUACCAGCAAGCGCUGUACCUCUUACCAAAUCCCAAGGAGGAUCCCAAGCUUUGGUACGGCAUCGGAAUACUCUACGACCGAUAUGGUUCCCUCGAUCAUGCCGAAGAGGCCUUCUCUUCGGUUUUGCGCAUGGAUAAAGACCUAGAUUUCGAUAAAGCAAACGAAAUCCUAUUUCGCCUAGGAAUAAUCUACAAACAGCAGGGCAAAUACGACGAGUCCCUUGCCUGUUUCGACCGCAUUCUCCGUAACCCCCCUUCCCCGCUCGCGCAUGCCGACAUAUGGUUUCAGAUCGGACACGUUUACGAACAACAGAAAGACUACGUCAGGGCAAAGGACGCUUACGAACGAGUAGUCGCCGACAACAGUGGCCAUGCCAAAGUGUUGCAACAACUCGGAUGGCUCUACCAUCAAGAUGGUUCUUCGUUUCAGAACCAAGACCUCGCUAUCCAAUAUCUGACGAAAAGUCUCGAAGCAGACUCUUCGGAUGCCCAGAGCUGGUACCUCUUGGGCCGUGCUUACAUGGCGGGUCAAAAAUAUAACAAAGCCUACGAAGCAUAUCAACAAGCCGUCUAUCGCGAUGGUCGCAACCCCACUUUUUGGUGUUCUAUCGGCGUUCUAUACUUCCAGAUCAAUCAGUUCCGUGAUGCUUUAGACGCCUACUCGCGAGCCAUCCGAAUCAACCCUUACAUCUCCGAAGUUUGGUUCGACCUUGGCAGUCUGUAUGAGAGCUGCAACAACCAGAUCUCCGAUGCCAUCGAUGCAUACGCCCGUGCGAGCGAGCUCGAUCCUGGCAACAACGUUAUUUCCCAGCGCCUGCAGCUCUUGAAAACUGCACAAGCUACCGGUGGCCAGCUUCCCGCGGCCCCAGGUCCCCAAGAUGUUCAUCCCACCGCAUAUGCCAGUGCUGUUGUUCCGCCACCGGGAUUGACAGGUCCGCCUCUACUUCUACAAUCUGGUGUUCCCCGUCCAGCAUUCCGUACCGACUCACGUGGACCAACAGACAUAUCGUUGCCGCCGCCUUCACAAGUAGGCGUUGGGCGAUCAUCGCCUGGUCCUUUCAGAGGCGGUCCACCACCACCUGUAGUUCUUGAUGAGACGCGCCACAUUCCUUCUCAUACCCCACUGGCGCCAAUGGAGAUCGAGCGACCACCGCACUCGCGUGAUUUUCCGAGUUCUUCCCGGGACGCCGGCCCGCGGGGUCAUCAAAGUCUAUUACUUCACCACCCUCUUCCCCAGCCUGGAGAAGAAGGUCGGAAUGGCGUUCACCCGCAUCAUCCGGAGUCGUACUUUUCGCGGCCACCACGCCCGCAAUCGCGCUCAAUUUCACCAGGGCAUUCGGCCCGACCACGAAGUCCCCCGCCUUUUCCACCGUUUCCCCCUCCUGCUGGACGACAUCCCAUAGGUCCUGCUCAGGCUAGUGCUGGCCCAGUCCAGAGGUCGCCGCGGUCAUACCCGGCCCAUGAGCCUCCAGCCAGACCUGUGGAACAGGAUGGUGCAUGGGACCGACGACCUAACAACGAUCUUCGAGAAUGGGAGAGGGAGAGAGAAAGGAGGAUGCCUAGACAUGGUGGUGGUGAUUAUCCAGGUGGUUACCCGCCCCCCUACCCUCCCCGUUCGCCGCCUAGCGCACAUCGUGGACGGACGCCUCCUGAGGCCUCUCCUCGCUCGGCACAUCCGUCCAGGUACUGGGAGAAAGGAGGACAUUCAGUCAAUCGACCGUCGCCCCCACCUCCUCCUCCGAAUGAUCCCAUGAGGCGGUAUGAUCCUCGAUACGAGGGUCGGGAUAGGGAUUAUGAUAUAGACGCGCGAAUGGAGCAGCGAUCCUUCCCUGGACCACCAGAUGACGGGCGACGAGGUGCUCAUUUUGCAUCUGCGAGCAACCGUAGCUCGGAGAGUCCUCAUCCAGAUGGCAAAGGACGAAAGAAGCCGUCGAAGGAUGACCCGAUCCUUUCAGCGGAGGCCGCACGUCGCGAUAGGAGGAGAAAAAACGGGAGCAUCAGCGGUGUGAGUCCCAACGGGAAUGGGAAUGGGAAUGGGAAUGGGCUUCCCAAACGCAGAGAGGAAGGCAUGGAGACGCCGACGCCAAAGCCAUUCGUGGUUGAACGUAUGCCGCCCAGUGACCGGAUACCACCACCCAGCUUCAAGAUGGGUUACGGCAAGGAUCACGGCUCUCCGGGCCCUGUCAGCUCAAAUGGAUCAGGUUCUUCAACCAGGCCUUCACCUACAAGCGCUGCUCCACGGCCGCCUUCUCGUGUCGUCGAUGAAGACUAUGAUGAGGGUGUUGCUGAUGCUCUCAUGGGACUUGCAGCUGGCGCACCGGGCUUCCGAGCCAGAGAUUCGUCGAACGCGCCUAUACCUUCCCAUUCGCCGGCAGUGUCAUCUUCGAGCCGGCACAGCGACCCUUCAUCUCGUUCUCACCCUCUACAUCGUGACUCUGUUUCCUCUACACGAAGCCAUGCGUCACCGCCUCUUCUUUCUGCCCCUCUCAAGCGACCCUUGAGCCCUGGUGUUGACGAAUUGUCAGACGCCAAGCGCUCCAGGAUGGAUCUGCACAAGCGACGUGGAACAUCACCUCCUUCUCGUCAUGCACCUUCCUCGCGCCCGUCUCCGAUUCCGUUCCGUACACAGCCGACGUCUCGCUCGCCUGAGGCACAUUACCCACCAAGUCCGCCGUUACCCGCAGUUCUUCCUCCACAUCCCAGGCCUAUUGGUUCAGGGUUGUCGAAUGGAUCGGCGUCGAUUGCGUUGCCUCCAAUCGCCACACUCUCCCCGACAUCGACGGCGCCUUCACCGAGUGGUACAGAACGAGAUCGGGACGACAGGAUGCAGGUCGAUAACCGGUCUAUAUCGCCGCCGCCUCGUAGCAAAGUGCCAGAUGCUGGUCGUUCUCCGCCAAAAGCGACGCCUUCACCGCCUGUUGUUGAGAAGAAGGAACCUUCGGCAUGAUUUGCUUGGGUCAGUUUAUGAAUUUUCAUGAGAUUACGAGUGCAUUAGGAGUGUUGUCGCAACUUUUUUUUUUUUAUCUUGCAUUAUUUUAUCCCCCUCGCUCUGGACGUAUAUCCUUUUUGAUUCGUUAAUAACAUCGUUGUAAGAGUGUUGUGUUACAUGCUGUGU